AGUAGGUCUGCUUGGUGACGACAAAUACGACUUCAUAGUCGAGUAUUCAACAAAGGAGGAUGACUCAAACCAGCAAAUCAUGAUGAUAAAGAUGGAUUUUCCUCCACCAAAAGACUUUGUCAAGGACAAUAUUGUGCAUACACCAAAAAUCGUUCCAAACAACAUCAACUCUUCUGGACCCGACGAAUUAAGCCAAGCAGAAAAGGUUCUCAACUGGCAAACAGAAAAUGCCUUUGCUCAGAACCAAUUAUUGACAACCAUUAGCCACAAGGUUGAUCAAAUGUCGGAAAACAACAAUAGAAGAUUUAACAGUCUGCAAGGAGCCAUAUCAGAGAUUCAACAGAAACUCAGCAACUUGCACCACGAGAUGAUGGCUAUGGCAAAACAAAUGAAGGUUGAUACAUCCCAGUUCAGGAGUAAAGAAGCUGAACAAACCAAUCUCAAAUAUCAACUCAAAGACCUUCAAAAGAAAUCAUAUUCCCCAAGGUUUCUGUCCGGUUAUCAUGAUCCAAAACCGAAACAGCCUGUACCUGGAUUCUUGUCUUCUGAUGAAGCUUUUACCUCUCGGUUUGGUACAACGUCAAUAAGCAAUUUUAAAACAAAACCAAGGCGUCAGAAGAAUUCGGAAUUUCAAGUAAAUCCUUCCAAGAAGCCAAGUCUAGCAUCUUCUUCAAGCCAUGAAUCGGUUCAAGAGGAAAAGAAAGAAGAUAUUGCGAUGAUCGAAUUUUCAAUGUCUAAAUUACUAGACAACCUGGCAAAGACACCUGACGACGAAAGACGAGAAUUCCAGAUUCAAUCAAAAGAGCAGCAGUCACAACCAAUCGUUACAGUAAAUCACAUUUCAGCCCUUUCGGAUUCAACCUCCUCCGUCGAUGAAUCAGAAACAGAGGAAUAUCUUCCAAAUCAGUUUGCGAUAGGAGAUGAGUCACAUAUUCCAAAAGAAGAACCAAUCUAUGAAGUAGCUUCAAGCGACGAAGAGAUGGGUUAUGAAACUAAAGGCGUACCAAGGAAGCAGUUUGCAUCAAAGAUAAUGGUGUUCACAUUUGAUGACAUUCCCUUCGAAAAAUGGAAUAGUCGUCUUGACGAGUUCCAUGCGUGGAUGACCUCCGAAGCAAUCACGUCCCCAACGGAUGUGGUGAUUCAACAAUUCACAUCAAGACUUUCAGGAGCAUUAAAAGAAUGGUGGAAUUCGCUUGGAGAGUACCGACAGCAGCAAGUGUACCAAACAACGAUACCUCUACUUCUUGGAGAAAUACAUAGAGAAUUCGUUGGCACCCCAGAUGACUACCUCAGUCAACAAACGAAGCUGUAUAUCAGAGAUCUAGGUCAGACAAUCGAAGAAAUCUCGAUUGGACAAAUCCAGCAGCAAGUGUUCAGAACCCUUGACAAGCUUUGUAAGCAAAAGGAGUUUUGUUAUUCAGAUUAUGAUGAAUCCUCAGAAUCCUCAUCCGAAGAUGAAAAGGACGAUUGUUGUUUCAAGAUUGCCCAGAUGCCUCAAGAAAAGGAAAUUCAGACACCUCAUUUACCAGAGAUGCCUCAAGAAGAAGAACUUCAGACAUCGCAUCUACCAGUAACCAUCUUCGAUCCCUCAAGAAGAGAAAAGCCAGUACAUGCAAUCGCAUUUAUCGACACGGGAGCUCAUACAACAAUCAUGAACCCAAAGAUUCUCUCACGAACCAUGUGGAUGCCUCAUCAACAAGAUUUCAGAGUCGCAAACUCUGGAUCCCUCUCGGUUAAGCUGAUAUCAAAACCAAUCACGAUAGAGCUUUUUCCAGGAUGUCAAGUUACUAAAGAGGUACUAGGUUCAUCUGUACCUGGUAAAGACUUAAUCCUCGGAUGGGACGCAUAUUCGGGCACCAAGAACACUUUAGCUGACAUGCUUAGCCGAAAACCAGUAAAACAAGAGACGCCCCACGAGAUACACAUGAUGGCUAGUUCCUCCGAAUCCAAGAAAACCUGUUAUGACUUUGAAGCCGACGUACCCGAAGAUGUUCAUCAACUCAUCAGCAGAAACAAGCUUCAUGAACUAUUACGUACAAAGAUCUUCUCAUAUCAAUCUACAAUCCUGUCGAGCUAUGGAGUAAACUGUCACCACAUUACUCCAAUGGGAAUUCAUCCUGAUUAUCCGUUUGCACAUCUCUACAGGAUCGAGAAUCCAAACAUGCCAGAAGAAGUUCUCUGUUUCCUUUGGUAUCUCUGUGCUGUCUACACUGUAGGAAUUGCUUUCGACAUCCAGUGGCUAUACCAUUACAUCAACACUGUUCAAGACAAAAGAGACUGUUUCUCAACGUUCCUAAGGUGGUUUUCACCAUUGUCUGUUUGGAGUGGAAAACUACGAAAAUCUGCAAAAGCGACGAAUCUGACAUUCAAGAAGCUGAAAAGAGGUGGACUCAACCCGUUCUUCAAUCCACAUUCAAUCUACUUCUUUCAUCGUCCAGUUAAAGUCAACCGCAAGACAAGUAAGAUUCUCGCUCUUCCAACUCUCAUUCAUCACGGUGAUUUUUCAAGAGGAGUUCGUCCAGAUUUCAACCUUCAAGAUAACGAAGCAUAUGAAAACUUCCAAACUCACGCGUUUCAUCUCAACAAUUCAAGACAGACGUUUCCUAUUCCGUUCAAACCCAACUGGGUUCACUAUCCGGUCGAUUAUCAGAUGCAGCUUGAUGAAGAUUUACAGUUCUACAUGAUGAAGUUUGACAAAGGAAUACCAAACAGUUCAAAAGAAGAAACAACUUCCCAGGCGAUUUCUCAAGAUUACUGUGUUGAUCUCUUUAAGGAUGCUCAAUCUCCAGAUGACGAAGUAAAUGUCGAAGAUAUCGAAGAAAAGUUCAAGUUCUGCAUAAAUGUUCAACCAGGAGAAGAAGCACGAAUGCUCGAGGGCUCGUAUGAAUGUCCAGAUGAUCAUUAUGGAUGCUGUGAAGAACAUAUGCUAGAGUUCGAAAUGGAUCAUUAAAAGGAACUGUUGCAACGUCUAUGCUAUACAAUGCUUGAAUAAAUGAGAUGGAAAGUA